CCCACUGUUACAUACACACACACAAACACACGCACACACACACACGCACACACUGUUACACACACACUGUUACACUACACACAGAGAAGAUUUACACACUUCCGGGAUUGACUUCACGGACACACAGAACAGCCCGCGGAACACCUCAUACAUUUCUGUGUCAAAGAUGAGUUACCCUGGAUACCCCCCUGCAGGUGGCAACUACCCGCCCGCAUCUGGACAGUAUCAGCAGACUCCAGGUGCAUAUCCAGGCCAACCCGGUGCCUAUCCACCCCAGGGAGGGUACUUCCCACCUCAACCAGGUGCAUUUCCCCCAGGAGCAGGAUACCCACCUCAGGCUGGUGGAUACCCUCAAGCUGGUGGAUACCCUCAGGCUGGUGGUUUUCCUCAGGCUGGUGGUUAUCCUCAGGCUGGUGGUUAUCCAGCUGCUCCGGGUGGAGGAUUUCCACCACAGGCAGGAGGUUACCCUGGAGCCCAGCCCGGAGGUUACCCGGGUGCCCAGCCCGGUGCCCAGCCCGGGGGUUACCCGACUAUGCCCCCUGCAGGAGGUGGAUGGGGAGGUCAGCCUGGCUUUGGAGCUCCAGGAGCAGGUGUGCCUCAGGGGUAUCCCGGGGGUCCCGCUCCAGGACAGCAGCCCAUGCCAGCAUACCCAGGUGCUCAAGUUCCAAACCCAUCGAUGCCCGGGUAUGGAGGGGGCGCUCCAACUGGACCCGCUGUUCCUGGAAUCAAUAGGGGUUACCGUGGCUCCCUAAAGGAUUUUCCCGGUGCCGAUCCGCUCCGAGAUGUUGAGGUCUUAAGGAAAGCCAUGAAAGGCUUUGGAACUGAUGAGAACGCCAUUAUCGAGCUUCUCGGCAGUCGAACCAACAAGCAGCGCGUGCCGUUGGUAGCUGCGUACAAAACCACCUAUGGCAAAGAUCUGAACAGUGACCUGAAGUCAGAACUGACAGGAAACUUUGAGAGUCUCGUUCUGGCGAUGUUGAAGACUCCUGCACAGUUUGAUGCUUCAGAAUUGAAGGCGGCCAUAGCAGGCGCAGGUACCGAUGAGGCUUGUCUGAUAGAGAUUCUGUCUUCUCGUAAUAAUGCUGAGAUCCAGGAGAUAAACCGUUUGUAUAAGGCGGAGUAUGGAAAAAAACUGGAAGAUGCGAUUAUCGGCGACACUUCUGGACAUUUCCGUCGCCUCCUCGUCUCUCUCUCUCAGGGUAAUCGCGACGAGAGAGAGACCGUGGAUAUUGCUCUGGCCAAACAGGAUGCUCAGAAACUCUAUGCCGCAGGAGAACAUAAAGUUGGCACGGAUGAGUCUCAGUUUAAUGCCGUUCUCUGUGCCCGCAGUAAACCUCAUCUCAGACAAGUGUUUCAGGAGUACCAGCAGAUGUGUGGUAAAGACAUUGAGAAGAGCAUCUGUGGGGAGAUGUCUGGACAUCUGGAGACUGGCAUGGUGGCAGUGGUAAAGUGCAUUAAAAAUACUCCUGCUUACUUUGCCGAGCGUCUGAACAACGCCAUGAAGGGUGCCGGUACCAAAGAUCGGACUCUGAUCCGCGUCAUGGUGACUCGCUCUGAGGUGGACAUGCUGGAUAUCAGACAGGAGUAUCUGCGUCUGUAUGGAAAAUCACUUUACACCGCCAUCUCUGGUGACACAUCUGGUGAUUAUAAGAAACUUCUCCUGAAGCUCUGUGGUGGAACUGACUGAAGAAACAGACAGACACAGACAAACACAGCGUUGAUAUAUUAAUCUCAUACAUAUAUAAAAAAUGUUACAUAAUCUCACUGUAGUCAUCUUAAUAAUGUUAUAUCUCUUUAUAGCAAAUUUACAUUUCAUGUGUGCCUUAGACACAUUAUUUUAUAUUACACAUACACAUUGUUUUUGUUUAAUUUUGUUGUCGACUCCAUCCAAUCAGACUAUGCAUGAUUUCUAUAGACAUUUUCCAUGCAUGUACAUUGUCUUUAGUUCCUGAUGCCAAAUAUGUGAUCGUGACAAUAUUUGUGCUGUUGAUGAAUAUACCGUAUAACCCCUCAACUGAAAACACAAUCUGUUCUUCAUUCAACAUAAUCACAUCAUUUUUAUAUUCCUUAGAAAAUGUUAUAUGCCAUAGAAAGUUGAAUAACUUGAAGUGCUGAAAUGAAUGCCAUAAUAUUAGCUGUAGUUUACAUAAUGAGCUUUAUGAUAUCUAUUCAGAAACAGAUGACUAACUUUGAUAAUAUUGAUUUAUUUCAAUCAUUAUAAAAUAUAAUAUGUAAUAAUGCAUGAAGGUUUUUUCUGGGUAAAUAGUAUUUCACCCCAAAAUCAAAAGCAUAAAAAUAUAAAAUUAAAUAUUGGAUGAAAUACCAGAUUUAUUUGAAAAUAAUAUUGCAAUGCAAACAAAUCUAACUAGAAUAAAAAUGUCACAAUACAAUUUUAUUCUUGAUUUAAUGUUGUUUGUGCAAUACAAUCUCAUAUCUUUUGAUGUUGGGCUGAAAUAUGACCAGGACAGGUUUGUGAUGUUGGGUGAAUGUAUUUUGCUUUACCAGUACAGGACAGUAAAGUCACUGAUCAUUUCUUAUGACAAAUAUGAAGUCAUUUUAACCUGUUCUGUUUACUGACAGUGAAGACGUUUUUUUUAUCAGGGAUUAUCUCACCUGUGUUUGUAAUGUAUUCACUAAAUCAACUAAUCUUUGUUACACUUACCAGUUGUGCCAGUAAUAUCUGUUCCUAGAAAUAAACUGAUGAAUGAUUCA